AUGACUCUCACCGGUAGCUGCAUGUGUGGCGGCAUCCACUACACUGCUGAUGUGAACGAGUACAUGUCGGCGCUUUGCCAUUGUACUGAUUGCCAAAAGUGGACUGGAGGCGCAUUCACUUCUAACGCCGUUGUGCCCCGCACCAGCUUGAAAGUGACCAAGGGAAGCCCUAGCACCUAUGAUGCUGUCGGCGACAGUGGCAAAAUCAACAAACACUUCUUCUGCCCCACCUGUGGAUCGAGUCUCUACACCGAGCUAGAGGUCAUGCCGGAAAUGACCUGUAUCAAGGCCGGUGGUCUCGACAACGGUGAGGCCAAUUUGCGGGGUAAUGUCGAUGUUGAGUUCUAUGUCAAGGAUCGCCCGAGCUACCUUGCUGCUGUUGAGGGCGCCAAGCAGGAAUCGGCGUUUGGUGGUUAA